AGAAAUCGACCAAUCAGAAGCGAUGCUUACUGUUGAUUAAAUCAUAAACGAAGUCUCGUGUUUAUGUUUAGAAUGGUUCUUAUUAUGUGAAUUCGGAGUUUCAUGACGACUAAAAAUUGUUUUACAAUGAAAGCGGAAUUAUUAAUGAAUCCCUGCAUACAAGUAAAACCUCGACAGCCUAUACAUGAAGCGAAUAUGCCGAAAAGUAACAGAGAAAACGAUAUUUGUUUACAAAAAACUCCGAACAACAAUCAGUCUGGUACUACAUCCGACGAUAAUUUACAGCAGCAAGUCCGUCGUUUGAGAGAAAUGGUUAUUUUACAAUUGGAUUUGAUUCAUCAUCAACAAGAACAAUUAAUGAAAAAAGAAAAACAGUUACAAAUUAUGAGAAAGGAAAAACAAGCACUGAAACUUCAAAUUGAAAAACUGGAAAAACCUGUUUUCCAACAAGCUUCCAUUAAAGAAGAAAACAACUUAUUCAACAGUAAUUUUAAAAAAUCACCUGUUCUAAAUCAUGUUGUACCACAUAGUUUUAAUAAAACAUCUACAAAGUCAAAAAUAAAAGGAACAAAAAGUAUACAAAAAUGAGUAAAAAGUCAUUAUACUCCUAACCAAUAUGCAAUUAUAAAUAAUUUGAAUUGCUUGCUUGUUGGAUGAUGUGUUGAAGGUCUGUGCAACUGUGGAAAAAUGCUUUCAUUGAUUGUGCAAUCACUUUUCUUUUGAUGAUAGAAAACAAUCAAAAAUUGGGAUAAAAAGCGAUUCAAUCAAUCUGACUCUUUAUUGUCAGAGUCCUCUGAAGUAGUUUCUACAAUUAAUCAGUCAAUAAAUUCAAAUAUUCCACAUACAAAAUUUGAAAGUUCUUCCUUCUCUAAAUUAUCAAAGUCAUUUACAAAAACAGAAACUUCAGAGAGAGUCUCAAAAUGUCUAAAUAGUAAUGCAUUAACAAACUCUCUACAAACAAAAGAGUUAUAUUAUUUAUCUGCCUGUAAAAAAGAAGAUACAGAUCUAAAUAAUUCUAAUCAAAACCAAGAUGAGAUUCAAGGUAAUUAUAAUAGUAUUUUUAUUGUUAGAAAUUAUACAGCAUAUUUGGAAUUUUUUAUAAUUAUAGUAACAAUACAACAUAAUUUUUGUAUCUCUAUGUAAUACGUCUCUGUAAUCCAACAAAUGGUAGACAGACUCACAGCAAAUUUUCAGUUAGGAACUACAAUUUUAUUCUCAAAAUUGACAAAUGCAUUUCAGGUUGGCUCAGUACAUCCCAACCCCUCCUCAGUGCUAAUUUUUAAAAAUAAUAAAAACAAAAAUAGUCAGUUCAUGACAAC